AAUUUACCGUUGUAUAGUUCGCCAACUCACUGCUACACUGGUCUACUUCAAAUUUUGUAUUUCAUAGAAGUUCUUCUUUCCCAUCUUUCCGAAGCGUCUAUCCCUAUGAAGAAUCACAUUAAUUAAUCUUAUUUCACACCUCAAGAUGACACGAAAUAGCACGUCAGAUGCGGUAAAUGUAUUGCCGAAUGCUGUGCAAGUCAUCUCACAAGUUGCUGGAGCUGGUUCAUCACAAAGACGAGAAAUUCACGUCAAGAUACGACUACCAAAACAAGAGUUGUCCAAGUUGGAAAUUGAAGACGUUGUAGAAGACGACGACGACGACGAAGACAGCAUCCUUAGAAGCAGCCACAUUAUACCGACACUUCCUACAACGUUUGAGUACGAAAGUGAAGACCCUUUUUCGUCAGAAGGAGAUGAAUUUCUUCUUGAUGCUGAGUUGGAUAAGGCGAUAAAGUCAGUCUUUGGCGAUACUCCUGCCUCAGACACUAGUAGUCCUUCUACGAAAGAUCAUCCAAGGAUAACCACAAGGAAACCUGAUUUUCAAAAGGAAUCCACUCCGUUGAGAUCAUCCCAGAGACUAAGAGAAAAGAUUCAAAAACAAGAAAAAUUUGAACGACAGAUAGUAAAAGAGUCCGUCGUUGUACAUAAAGACCAACAUCAAGUCAAAAUCGUGGACGGGUACAAGCCGGUACCAAAACAUAUACUUCCUAUGAUUGAACAAGAGAUUGGAGCCAUGAACGAUGAGUUUGCAAUAGUAGACAAGUUCAUUUUCUCGUUGAAAGACCCCUUAGGUGCAAGCAAGAUCAAGUUGCCAGUGAAAUCAAUGUAUUGUAUCCAUUUUGAAUGCUUUGAUUUCAACAACUUCUGUCUUUUCAAUAAGAUCCCACCGGGAGUAAAGUUGUUGGUCAAAAAGGAUCUAGCCAAGAAGAGCUUUGAGAGCAUCAAGCUCCGAAAGCGGGUUCAUAAAGAAGUCAAAAGCGAAUACGUGACCAUUAUUCUGGACCCAAAGGCGUAUACUGCCAAGUUCAUUGCACCAAUGGGACCUAUCUACAAGUGUCCCAUAUGUGACCGUAGUUUUCCACUAAGUGAGCUAGUUAUGGGCGAUGCCUACAAUUACUUUGUCAAGUCUACACCUGUAGAUGCUGAACGUGUAGAGCUACUAGAUAUGAAUAGAUAUAAGGUAUUAGAUGACAAACGAAUACCGAAGGCUGUUGAGGAAGAAAUUAUAGUCCUUUCAGAUGAUGACGAUGAUAAUAAUAAUGGCAUUGUCAAUGCUAACUAUGAUGACAAAGUUAAUGCAAAUCAGGCGGAUACAGUUGGACUAGCACUGCUUCAAAAUCUACUGUAUGAUAGUGGAGAUGACUUAUUCGAUGAUGGUCUUGAUGAAGAGAUUCUCAAUCUUAGUGAAUCAGACUACCAAAGGUUCGGUCAAGGUAGCAGCUAUGACGAUCCUGUGACCAUAGACUAGGAAUUGUAUAUAUGUAUGUAACAUAAAGAUAAUGGGUUUUGGGAUAACGAAUAUAAAAGGGUCGUUGGAUU